AUGGGAACUAGAUCAUCGAAAAAAACAAAUGCUACAUAUACUAAUAUCGGUCUUGCGUUACCGCCAGACUUAUCUGCUGUAGACGUUGAAAGAAAGGAACCAAACGCAGAAGAAAUAACACUGGUUUCGUGGGAUGAAGAAGAACUUCAAUGUGGAUCAAGUGGAGAUGAUCUAAUCCGUCGAAAACAGUCACUUCCUCAAAUUAAUGAUUACUGCAAAUUUUAUCAUGAAGAAAAUUCAUGUGUAGAAUAUAUUCGCUCAACUGAACUCAGUAAAAUAUUUCUUAUCAUUUGGGGUUCACGUGCUAAUGUGUUGACACAAAUUCAUCAUUUAAAACAAGUAGAUUCCGUAUUUAUUGUUUGCAUAGAUAGAGACAAUUGUUUGUCCUUAAAAACCACCUAUUCAAAAAUUGUCGGUGUUUAUACUGAACGACAAGAUCUUAUGGAAAAUGUACAAAAAACUAUUAAAUUAGUUGAAAAGCAAUUGAUCACACUGAAUUUUCGUGAUCAACAACAGAAAGCUACCCGUGAUUUAACAACAGAAUCGGGAUCAUUUUUAUUCUUUCAACUGCUCAAAAAUGUUUUAUUAAAUAUGCCUAAAACACCGGAAUCCAAACAGGAAAUGAUUGACAAAUGUCGUGAAUAUUAUCGUGGCAACGAAAAACGGUUAGAAAAUGUUAAUACGUUUGAUUUAACAUAUAAGUCUAAUGACGCUAUAAAAUGGUACACAGAGGACACUUUUGUUUAUCAAAUUGUCAACAAAGCUCUUAGAACCGAGGAUAUUGAUGAAUUAUUUAUAUUUCGAUUUUUCAUCAUUGAUCUAAGCUUGAAUUUAGCACGAAAAUACAAAGAGCUAAAAAAGAUUGAACCACAACCAAUUAUUGAUUUAUAUCGUGGAGUUAAUUUAAGCAGUGAUGAGUUAGAUACAUUGAAAAAGAAUGUUGGUAAUUUGAUAUCAACAAAUGACUUUUUAUCAACAAGUCGUUCAAGAAAAGCAGUUUAUCGUUUUGCCAGAAAUGCUAUUUGA